UCUAUCGGGCUCCCGGGGCGAGCUCUCUAGGGUUUCUAUCGGGCUCCCGGGGCGAGCUCUCUAGGGUUUCUAUCGGGUCGCUGUCAAUAGCGCCCAGUGACAGGCCCCGUGUCCGCCGGGGCCGGACCUCCGGCCGCAGGGGGCGCUCUCGGGAGCGGAGCCAGCUCCGGCCGGCGGGGGCGCCGCCUCUUCGCCCCGCUCGCUCCGCCGGCUCCUCGGCGAGCGGCCCAGGAAGUGUCCGGCGAGGGGGCGCUGCUAGGCCUGGCUCCGGCCGCAGUGAAAGGACUAUGGCAUCAGAGCAAACCAAGGAUGAGGUGCCAGUUCCUGAGAAAUCCACUGCUGUCCAGCUGGCCCUGCGAGAAUCAGACCCAUACAAAGAACUUGACAGUUUGCCUGUGAGCAUAAGUGACCUUUCUAUACAAGAAAAUGAGAAUGAUCCCCUAUCAUUGGAAGCUGCCGAUCAUAACCAACCAAUAACAAGUGAGAGUACAGGAGAUGCUCAUUCAGGAGGAGCAGAAAGUGAUCCUGGGAUAUUGCUGACUGAUGCAUCACUGCUGGCUGCAGAGAACAAAGGAGAAGAACCUAUGCCCAGAGCGGUAGGACACUCUGGUGCUGUUUCCAGAGAGACGCAGGCGCGUUCCUCAAAUGAAGAGCUUUAUCAGUCUGGUUCAGAGGGUUCAGACAGUGCGGUGGAAGAAGAAAGAACCUUGCUGACUGGGGAAAAUCUGCAAACAGUUUCUCUGCACUUCCAGGUUGAUGUCCAUGCAGAACAGCAAUAUGCUACCAAUAAUUGCUCUGAAGGUGAACUGGAAGCUUCACACUUGCAGCAGGCCAGAGGGGAUGGGGGUCUGGAGCUGGAUAGUAAACCCCUGGAGGUGCCACCAAAUGGGGAGAAUGGGAUUGAAAACAGCAGAGUUGCACAGGACUCAGAUCAGAAAGCUUCAUCCCAGAAGCCCUCUCAGAACAUUGCAGUGCAGACUGACUUCAAGACUGCUGAUAUGGAGGUGAACACAGAUCAAGAUAUUGAAAAGAACUUGGGCAAAAUGAUGUCUGAGAGGGCUUUGUUGAAGGAACGUUACCAGGAAGUGCUAGACAAACAGAGGCAGGUGGAGAAUCAACUCCAGGUGCAGCUCAAGCAGCUCCAGCAACGUCGGGAAGAAGAGAUGAAGAAUCACCAGGAGAUCCUGAAGGCCAUUCAGGAUGUGACGAUCAAACGAGAAGAGACCAAGAAGAAGAUGGAGAAAGAGAAGAAAGAAUUCUUGCAAAAGGAGCAGGAUCUGAAAGCCGAAAUUGAGAAGCUCUGUGAGAAAGGCAGAAGGUUACUGAAAGAACAGGAGGAGAAGGAAAAUAAAAUUGUUUCUCUAAUCGCAGAGCAGUCUGAUGAAAAGGAGGUAUGGGAGAUGGAACUAGAUAAGCUGAAGAACCAGCACAAUGAGAUCAAUAGGAACAUCCUGGAGGAAACAGAAAGGGCUUGGAAAGCAGAGAUAUUGUCCUUGGAGAGCCGGAAGGAGCUGCUGGUUCUGAAACUAGAAGAAGCCGAAAAAGAGGCGGAGCUACACCUCACCUACCUCAGGUCAGCGCCACCCACACUGGAGACCAUACAACCCGAGCAGGAGUGGGAAAUGAGGCUGAACAGGAUACGAAUGACCAAAGAAAGUGUCCGGGACCAGUUCAAUGCUCACAUUCAGCUGGUGAGGAAUGGAGCAAAGCUGAGCAGCCUGCCACAGAUCCCAACCCCCACCCUGCCACCACCCCCAUCAGAAACAGAGUUCAUGAUGCCGGCAUUUCAGCCCAAUCCAUCCCUUACUCCCAGGCUCCCGUUCCCCAUUGGGCCGGUCCCGGUUCCCAUGGUCAUGCCCAGUGCUGAUCCUCGGGCACUCUCCUUCCCGCUCCUUAACCCUGUCGUCUCCAGGCCUAAUCAGCCCUCACCCCCUCUGCCUGCUUCCCAAGGGAGGAACAGCCCUGUAUUGGCAUCUCUUGUCAGCACCCACGGCCCUCACAUGACAUCUGCUGCCUCUAUCCCGCCUCCGCCUGGGCUCGGAGGAGUCAAGGGUGCUCAUGAGUUUCACAGGCCACAGCCGGUCGAUAAGCUGGAAAAGAUCCUGGAGAAGCUCUUGGCUCGAUUUCCCCAGUGUAACAAGGCCCAGCUGACGAACAUACUGCAGCAGAUAAAGACAGCGAGGAGAACCAUGGCAGGGCUGACCAUGGACGAGCUGAAUCAGCUGGUAGCCGCGAAGCUGGCCGAGCAUCAGGGUGCAGCAGUGGGUGCCCAGCCACUUGGCCGAAUCAGGGCCCCCAUGUUUCCUGCUCCUCUGCCCCAGAUCAGCGCCCCUAUGUUCCUGCCACCGGCUCAGGUGUCUUACCCAGGGACACCAUCACAUGCCCCUGCUACCUGUAAGCUGUGUCUAAUGUGCCAGAAACUCGUGCAGCCCAGUGAGCUCCACCCGAUGGCCUGUUCUCACGUGCUCCACAAGGAGAUCAUGCUUUAUAGCCUAGCUGUCUUCGUUGCUUUCGUGUCUGUCUGUCACAAGAUGCUGUGGGCCGAGCUGCUCUGCAGUUGUUGGAGCCUGGAAGGAGCCGUGGGAGACGCGGCUGUUCGGUACUGCAUUGGGCUGUCUGGGCGCACACCUUGUAGUGGAAGAGCUCUGCAUGCCGAGGCUCUUGAGAUUAACAGCCCAGUAUUCAGUGCUGGCUUCCUGGGGGAAGGCGAAGCUUAGUCUAGUCAUUCGAGUGCAGGGCUAGUGUGUGGGAGACCUGGGUUCUCUACGCUGCCCUGCCAGUGAUCUUGGACACGUCACUUCUCUGCCUGUUUCUCCACAAGUAUCACGCUGCCCUAUGCACAGGGAGAGGCUCUCUUCCUCCUGUGCUUAGCUCCUUGGAUGAAAGCACUAUCCUGAUAGGGGCUGGUACUGGGCCUCCUGAGCUCCAGCCAUGAUCCCAUUUCUCACCUGUCUAGGCCACAGCACUUCCUGCUCCCGUGGGAGAAGGCAUGGGCAGCUCACAAAAUGGGUUUCCUAUGGUUGUGUCACUCCAUAAUACCUCCUGCCUUAGGUUAAAACAAGCAAACUACCUGUAGCCCAAGGGACCCCACUGCUGAACAGAGGGUGAACGUUGCACACUGUGUUGAAGGGUGAACGCAGUCCGGGUGGGAGGAUGGACACGCAUCAGCAUCCUACACAAAUAAUUGCAGCCCAGCACGUGGAACUGGCCUCACUUAGCAUGCUGUAGAUGGUGCUUAAGCUACCAUUAAAUUGGCAGUUCUCAAACCUCCCGUGAAAUGUGUCCACAAGUCUUUCUUCACCUUAGGGUAGGCCUGAGGCAUGUCUAGCUGUUCAGCAAUCCUCCAUCCACGCAGCAGGUGCAACGCGGACAGCAGCAAUGCAAGCUUCCCUCCUCCAUCCUGCCAGUGUCUCAACCCUGCCGUCACGGUUCGCUCAGUCUUUGGCCUCCACUGAGCCCCCACCGCUAGUCUGUUUGUCCUGUAGACACCUUUCCCUGAGCUGAAACAGGUUGCUCCUCUUAGGAGCCCUGCCUGACUCACAGCUACUGCUGGCCUGGGCCAGAUUUAAGAUGAGGAGCCAGGCUUCCUAUCUCACUAGAGGAGUGGGCUGAACAGUGCAAAGCACGUCCUGCCAAUAUUCAAACCUUGGAACAAACUCACCCUGGCUGAGUCACUCUAGUCUUUGCUUUCUGCAGUUACGCUACUCAGUGGGAUUGCUGGCAACAGCAACUUCAAAUAUUAGUCCCAAAGUCUGAGAGUUAAUGAUCAUCCAGGUGUGCAUGGAAAUGAACUACAUUAUUCUGCCUGCUGCUGCUGCCCUGUUAAAUACCUGGACUGAGCAGCAGCCCCGGGGUCACUGGAGAAAUUAAGCAAAUAAUUUCAACCUAUGAAUUCAUAUGAGAAAAGCAUGAGCUGCUAGUGGAAUUUGUGUUGCAGUGUAAUACGUCAGUGGUUCUCCCUCACCCUACCCCAUGCCUGACCUGUGAGCCAUCCCCACCUGUUGAGAACAUACAAUGAGGGGAAUACUGAACUGCUAACUCAAACUCCACACCCUUACCCAGUGGGACGUCUGUGCUCACUAACAACCUCAGUGCAUCUCAUUGAGUUCUCCACUAAGUCAGGCACUUCCCUUACCCGCCCUAAUCCUGAAGAGCCCUCAGCAGCUCAAAGUCCCCCGCAACCCUCCCCCAUCUCCUUCCUUGCAUGCUCUGAGUUGCCCCCCAGGCAAUGAACAGGCUGUGAACACAAGGCUUUUCUGUUUAAUGUAAUAAUUUACUGUGUAACAUUCAUUAUUCGUACAUCGACAUUAGGGUUACAGAGUAUGGGCGUCUAUAGUAGCCACGAAGAGUAACUAUCCCCAGUCCUCGUCCCGCUCCCCAAAUAAUUGGACAGAGAGUUGGACGCAUGGUGUGGUCCUCGCAUUCUCCUGUUACUCUAACCCAGGGCCCAUGGGAAGGGAGUUCUUCAGGUGAUAAAGCUGGCUGCGCUGCAGCUCAGAAUAACAAAGCUUUCAAGACCCAACUUGCCCCCUCUGAGCACUUCUUCCUACAUCGGGCUGGCAUAACCAGAGUGAUUGCUACUGAUUUCAAUGGGAGUUAAUGGUGCCCAGCACCUCUCAGGAUCUGGCCCCUACUUUGUAGAUUCUGCACAGUCCUUGGGACAAAGUCAGCACUGGUGUAAGCAGCUGCAACUCCACUGAAGUCAAUGGAAGUGUCACCUACGUGCAGCAUGGCUGGGUUUGGCCCGUCAGUGAAUUUCUGCACACACACAGACAUGUAAAGGCAGUGGUCCAAACUGAGUGGUGUCCCGGAGGUGUUCUGGGCAGGCACUGGGGUGUGGAGGUUGCAGUUGCAUAAUUUCCCCCUUGGUUGGAGUCGGGUUGCUCCCUGAGUGCAGGACUGGAGCAAGUUAUGGGAACCAGAUGGUGCUGGCAAAAGCAAAGCCUCUGUGUCUCGUGAAGUAGGGGGUGCGGGUGCGGUGAUGGGGGUGGUGAGGGAAUAUCUUCUACUGGACCAACUUCUGCUGAUGAGAGGACACGCUUUGGAGCCACACGGAGCUCUUCUGCAGGGCUGACCUGUCCAUAAGCUUGAAAGUGUGUCUGUCUCACCAACAGAUGUUGGUCCAAUAAAAGACAUUACCUCAUUACCUCACCCCCCCGUGCCUCUCUACCCUGGGACCAACACUGCAAACAACAGCGAAGCAGGUUCAUAGAGUGAGACGGGGUGGGGUGCUGCAGCUGUACCCACAGCCAGAGUUCACUUGGUCCGGCCUGUUUGUAAGGUUUCUGGCUACCCAGUGCUGGCUCCUUCGCUAGUGACUCACUCCAGGGACUUCUUCCUGCUUUCUUUAAGGAAUAUUUACAUAGAAGAGCCACCGGACCACCUCAGCCCCCUGCUCGUCACUUUUUAUACUGUUAGUUCUCCCUGUGCUGCUGGGGAACGUUAACAUUUUUAAACAAGGAUGAUUCUCAUCAAUGUGUAAAGCAAAAAUUCCUGAAAACACUUCAUGCCAGAGUCCCUCUUGUACCUGCCUAUGCUUUCUUUUCUCCUCCACCAAGGCUCAAAUUUGGGCCUACACUCCUUGCUGCUGCCCCUUGAAAUUCUUCAGAGCCCUGUUGAGUCUUCCCUUGGGGGUCAUGGCAGCAGCUCCUCUCCAAUCAUCCCAGGAAAAGUAAAGUAGGGUAGGGAGAUUUGCUGUUGUUGGAGCCAUUGAGCUAGGGUCACAUAUUGGAAUCAGCUGGGGCUAGUGCUCAUGGUCAGUUACUUGCCGUCGGGGGAGAGGAGAGCCCUGCAGUCUGCCCUCCAUCUUGCGCUGUCUUGCUGCCCUUGGAACGGUUCUUGCACCGUGCAUGGAAAGUUUCCAGUAAUGCUGCUCCCACCAGCACAGCAUCUCUGGAUCCCAGCUAGCAGGUGAGAGGCUUCCACUGGAGAGAGGUUUUUCUCUACCCUCUUUAGGAGUCAAUGGUUCCUACACAGUUGCAGCUGCCCCUGCACUUCCACCUGACAAGGAAGCUGCUGCAGAACAGCAGGGUGUGGUGCUACUAUACAUUUGUGAGGUACAGCUGGGAUCUGACCCCCACCUCCCAAGCCUCUCUGCAAAGUGAAACCGUUCUGCAUUCCUCCCGAAUGGCUCAGCUUUAUCUUGCUGGGCCAUUUAGUGGCACGUUAAACCCCAAGUCCCCUUUAGGAGCUGCAUUAGCAAAGCUCUGUAAUAAGCAGUUCCCAGGCUGGGCAAAUGUUCCUACCAACAGCUAGUUUCCUUGGUUGUCUCAUGCACUAAAAGCUCAGGUAUUUGUGCUUGGCUGAGCACCUUCCCCUGCCCAGGCUGCUCUGGUCCUUUUCAGUCUCACCAUGAAGGCCUACACAUCACCUUGUGCUGUGGCUAGGAACAGCUGUGUUACCAAUUCCCCAGGAGGAGUCACCUGCAGGAUUAAGUAGGAAAGGAACCCAGGUUGGGAAGGAACAAAGUUGCUUUUUAAAGCAACAAUUAGUACCAGAACUGAAGCAAAAUGUGCAGGCCUUGAUCACUGGGAUUCAGGAUGAGGGGUUCUUAUGUAGUAGGAAAACCUACUUGAACAGAAACGGGACAGAAGCAAAAACAGCCUUGAGCAAUAUAUUGUUUUGGCUUGUGAACCACUGCUGUGUGCGUGAUCUAAUUUCACCUCCCACAACCCAGUGCCCCCAUCACCUUCGCCAGAUAUAUUACAAGAGAUACAUCCAUCACAACAAAUGCCAGAUUGCCAACGAUCCAUAAAGUGCUUCCAUCAGACAAACCACUGCUAAGCAUCCCUGACUUGCAGCCUGGCUCCUUUGCCCACAACCAAAGCAGGGAGCUUAAAAACCCACCAACCCCCUCAGGCUGGGUUUGCAAUGAACCAGGGGCUUUCAGCACUAGAUUAAAAAUAUAAAAAUAUGUAUAUAUUGUACAGGCAAGAAGCAUUCAUUAUUGGUACACUCACAUACAGCACAGCCUGCUACAUACACACGCUGCCCUCUGCUCGAGCACAACAUCCCUGGCCCUUUGCCAUUAUAAAGAAGGAAAAUUAAGUAAAACCAUGUGUUUCAAACACACUAAUAAUGAUGAUGGUGAGGCUGCUGCUGACCCCGUGAAAUAACAAACUAUUUAGUGUGGUGGGCUGGGGCCUUCCCCCACUGCAGCCAGAGGCAGAUAUUCCAGGAGCGAAUCGCCUUGGAUGGUUAAGUCCAGCGCAGGGAAGGGGUUUCCCCCUCGUGACCAGUGCAGUGUGAGGCGAGCCUGUCUUGUGCUGCACGCCUUCUGUGGAGGGGCUCCUGGAGGAGGCGACCCGCGGACGCCGCUCUGGCUUUCCAGGGGCUUUCCCAAGCAGGCCGGGUAACAGUCUGGUUUCGUGGCUUCCACACCUUCCUGGGCUGCUGGUCCUGUCCUGGGGCUGGGUUCCACCCCGCCCCAGCAGAGGCUGCUGGUUCUCCCCCUGGUGCUGCAGGGUGAGGCCCGUCAAAAGCUUCGGUGUGCCAUGCUUGGCAGGAGAGCUGGGAGCCGGAGGAGGUUAGGCCCUUUCCCAUGAUUUGCAGCCCAGGCAGAGAUGAGGGGAAUGGAUGAUGUGCCCUGCCCCCACCUUUCCCCCCAGUCUUUGGACGGGAGGGCAGAGGGCUCUGCCCCAAUCCACUUCCCAGGGCCAAAGAGAUAGAAAAGUGGAGGGACAUUGUACCCCUCCCCCAUCCCUUCCCUGACCCCAGCAGCCAGGACCGGCUCCAGGUUUUUGCCCCCCAAGCUGAGGUGGGGCUGGGGCUCGCAGGUGGUGCUGGAAGCAGGGGGAGUGAGGUCCCCUUCUCCCAGCGCCUGCAGAGGCUCCCCCCCCCGGCCCGGCCGCGCAGAGAAGCCCCAAGAUAAGGGGUGGCCCAAGGCCGCGCAGCAGCCGGUGCGCAGAUGCGGGGGCGCAGCCCCGGCUCCCCGGCAGGACUCGCCCUCCUCUCCCCUGGGAGCGGCUGGGCCCUGGCAGCUCAGCAUCCCGGGGCCGGGGCUUCCCCUUCCCGCUGCGGCCGGGGGCGCGGCACCCUCGCCCUGUCUAAGGGGCGCGGCUCCGAGAGCGCCACUGCCCCGAAUGAAAAGGACGGCCGGAACGCCGCCCCCAGAACGUGCCGCCCCCCGCACGUGCCGCCCCCCGCACGGGGCUGCUUUGCUGGUGCCUAGAGCCGGUCCUGCCACCAGGGCUGCCAGAGCUGCCCCCUCAGCGACCCUUCUCCGGGGAGAGCAGCGAAGCAGCUGUUCCCUGCGAGCUGCAGGAUGGGGCGGCGCCCUACCCCUACGUCGACUGGUCUAAGCUGCAAGCCCUGGAGCAGAGACCCCCCUAGCAGCCUGAGGCGCCUGGACUUCACUCCACCAGCCCGCAGCGAGCCGCCCGUCUCCAGCCCCAGCACGGACAGCUGGCCUGGAGAGAAAGCUCCUCGGCCCAUCAGCAGACCCUGGCACUCACUGCUGGGACGGCUGUCCUGCUCCCCGUACAACAGCAUGGGAUUGUGGUGGCUGCACACAGUGCCUAAUUUGUGCCGGGGCUUGCCAGGGCUGAGCCCCAGCACAGCGAGGCUCGGCAGUUCAGGGUUUGUUGUGUCAGUUGUGAAA